AUGCGCGUCGAGGCGCGAGCUGGCAUUCAGGCGCGAGGCCGCCGCGCGAACGCCUUUUUCGAGCAAGGCGAGCUACUGGCAGGCAACUGGGCGGAGGAGUCGCUGCGACUGCUCGCCCCCGACGACCGCGCGGGCCGCGCCCGCCCCGUCUUCGACGCUAUGAGCAACGAGCUGCAGGGCUACAAGGCGACCUUGGACUCGCUGCGCCACGGCGUGGCGGAGGACAGGCGAGGUCAUCCAUCGUCACGGAGUGGCCUCAGUGGCUGGCUCGAGAACGAGGUGGGGCACUGGCUGGAGACCUUGAACGGCGGCUUUCAAUUUCCGCACGUGGUGGUGGAGCCCUCGUGCGCGGGCCUCGUGGCGGCCUACGCGGUGGCCGCCUGCACGGUCGGGCUCGCCGUCGGCGCUGGGGCAGGUGCGCCUCGCUCGCGCCAGAGCCCCAGCGCUGCAGUGAUGGCGGGGAGCUUCCACGCCAUACGCUACCGCGUCGGCGGUGUGGCCCUGUGGCACGAGCGUCUGGUGCUCGGGGUCACAGCGGGGUUCGCCUACGUCGUCACGCCCGACUUCGACGACUACGACGAGCCGAUCGUGGUUGGGCCCGACGUGCGGGCGGUGCUGCCGUUGGCUGGCCAGGGCGACACGCCUGCCGCGCUGGUCGGCGCCGCCGUGCAUCGCUUUCGGCGCUUGCCGUCCGCCGCGGAGCUGUGGGCCGCCGUGGGAGUCGCGGCGCUCGCCGCUGCGUUAGGACCCGUGCCACCUGGCCCUGCCGCGGCGCCGCCGCUGGCGCACGUGCCUGGAGCUGCUGCUGGCGGUCCUGCCGCGGUCGCUCCGCUCCCCGCGCCCGCCGGCGAUUUCAGGGUGCUGCCGAUGGCGAUCAACCUGCGGGGGGAGCGUGAGCGGAGGUUCGGCGAGACGGUGAACGGCCUCUCCGAGACCGAGGUGCAGGGCUGGCCAGUCCAGGGCCCACGGACGCUUCUCUGGUGCCUGUCCUUCAUGUCCACCAUGGCGGGAACUCCCACCGCGUGGCAUCAGCGCUGGCUCACGUCCAUGGCUUUGGCCGACGACGACGAGCACGCCAAGCUCCACGAGACCUUGUGUCGGGUCCUGGACCUCGCCGUGGUCUACGAUCAGCUGCAGGUGGCAGAGAUGGCGUCGUUCGAGAUCGUCGCACGUCAGCUCCAGCUGCUGGAGGAGCGGGUGUACGAGAGUCGUUCGCUGCCCCAGACGGCCGCCGCUCCCAAGGCCAAGUCUGGAGCUAGGAGUGGUGCGACGGCCGCUGCCUCCAGCAUCCCCGAGACGAGCUACUUCCUCGGCGCGGGCGUCUCCAAGGCGAACCUGUGCAUCUCGCCGAAGCUGCUUGAGUACAUUGCAGAUCAGAUGCGGGCGGAGGCAGCCCUAGCAGAGUUGCUCGCGUCGGCGCCAGGGUACUCUGGUGAGUCUCGGGUGAGACCCUACGACAAGGAGCUCGUCUCCUGGCCGAAGCACGUGGCCCCCGUUCCCACGGCCGAUCUCGUGUCCGACGCCGAUCGUUCAACGUUGUCAGGGUGGAGGCAACAAAUGCUACGUGACCCUGCGGAGACAGCCGCUCUCAGGAUGAACUCGGGCAUCGGGUCGCCAUACGUGGAUCCUCGCCUGCGGUUUCGCCCUCGGGGAUAUGCUGAUUUUUUGCUGCGCCUGGACCAGGCGGGCAUGCUAGAGUGGGAAGUCGCCGAACGUCAGGCGGCGUACUCCACAGGUUUCUUCUUCGUCGAGAAGUCGAAUGGCGUCAACCUGCGGCUCGUCUUUGAUACGCGGGUGGCCAACAUGUCCUUCUCUGCCCCUCCCUCUACGAGAUUGCCGACUCCGUCGGCAUGGAGUGCCCUCGAGGCGUCGAAUGACUUCUACGUGGCGCAGGGUGACAUCCAGUGCGCCUUUUAUCACAUGAAGCUGCCGCCCCAGCUGCACCGAUACUUCUCCUUGCCAGUGGUCCCGAAUCGGUACGUGGGUCUCAAGGUGAUCAAUGGUGUCAAGAUCCCGACGAAGGCCUUUUUACAGCCGUUCGUGUCAGUGAUGCCGAUGGGUUGGUCGUGGGCUCUUCACUUCUGCCAGUCGGCUUUAACCACGGCCAUUCGCGACGCGGGGAUCGAUGACGAUGCGAUGCUGGUGGGCGGUGCAGCACCUCGUCCUCUGCGAAACGAUACCGACAUCAUCGCAGCGGGUUGCGUGGAGAACUUCGCCACCGUGUCUCUCGAUCCAGAGGUUGCCACCACUUCGUGCCAGGCCAUCCGCGACGUGCUGGUGGCGAGGGGCCUGCCCGUGGACGAGGUCGCUCCCGCGGCGCCGCGCGUCACCUUCACAGGCCUCGACAUCCUGGGCGACGUGGGCGUCAUCAGGUGCAAGGUGGACCGGUUGUGCAGGCUGCGCCAGGCCCUCCUCGGUCUACUCAGACGAGGCUAUGCAUCGCCGCUUGCGCUGUCCGCCGUGGUCGGUCACUGCGCCUGGGGGAUGAUCACCAACAGGCCCAUGCUGUCGAUCUUCCAGGCAGUCUACCGUUUCAUGGGUCAGGACUCCCGUCGGGCUUUGCCGCUGUGGCCGUCAGUCGCCGCUGAGCUUCGCGCUGCUGCUUCCCUCAUCCCGUUGUGGUGGGCUGAUGUCAGGGCAGAGUGGGCGGCCACCAUUUUCUGCAGCGACGCCUCUCCCUACGGCAUUGGCGUCUGUCGCAAGACCGUUGAGCAGGACGUGGCUGCAGCCGCAGGGCGAUUGUCGGAGAGAUGGCGCUACCGCUUCUCCGAUGCCGUGCGCGCUCGUGCGCACGCUUUGGGAGUCGACCCGAACGUUGUGUUGGAAGCGGCCGUGAGCAAACACUGCCUCAAAUAUUGCGAGCAGUGCCCGAGGCCUCCCGAGACCCAUAGCAAGCCCCCGCUUACCGCAUUAUCAUCACAUCGAGGGAUCGACGAGGUUUCGCUGGACGGCUUCGACGAGGUUCCCGACUCGAUCACGGCUCUCGACGGCUGGGCUACGAUACAUAGCGCACGUCAUGCUAGGUUCGGUCUGGACUUCAUGCGAUACGAGGCGGAGGCAGCGCUCUCGGUCGUCGAGUCAGCCGCCGUGUCGGACACGACCAUGGCCAACGACUGGGGCGCGGUCAAGAAGUUCGAGGAGUGGUGCCGUCAGACGCCCCAGACCAUCAUUACAGCGGCGGAGGUCGUUGUCAUCCUAGUUACCUACUUCGUGAACCUCUUUCUGGUCAGUUUCGACGAUGCUACGGGCCGAGUCUUGCUCGCCUCAGUGCAGCACUACCUGCGCCCGCCUAUGGUGGGCACGGCGCUGUCCACGCGUGCGGCUCGCGCCUUGACAGGCUGGCGGAAGCUCGCGCCCCCGCAGAUGCGACCCUCUCUUCCACGGGUGGCGAUGGCCUCCAUGGUGGGCGUCCUCGGUUCGUGGAAGCUCUUCGGCAUGGCAGUGUUCAUCGGGCUGAUGAUCGACACCUACCCGACGACCAACGCGGCCUAUCGCCUGUCCGCGGGCGGCGUUCUUCGACCAAGACCCGAUGCCACUCUCGGAUACGGACGUCUGGCCCUGAUCGUCAACGGCGCCUGCUUCGAUCGCCCUGGGAAGACAGAGGAUCGGCAUGGGGGUGCGGCCGACGACUGCCUACCUCGUCGUCGCACCAGGGAGGAGGUCAAGGACCGCGGCCAGUGGAGAACGGACCCGACCCUCUCCCGCCACACCAAGAGGGCUCGAGUGUUGCAGCAGAUUGCCACUUUAGACCAGAUCCUGAUCGGCCGUGGGCACGGGGUGGACUCGCUGAUGAACGAUCUCAUGCUGCAGACCACCACCACGGGCGUCUUCUCGCUGCGACGGCCGCUUGCCGCGACGCCGACACCGCCAGCGGUCAGGUACUUGCCCGCCUUGGUGAUUGGCGGCGACGGCGGCGCGGCUCGCGCGCUGCAGCGCCUCGGCUUCGGCGUGCUGCACUUUGAGCGUGAGACGCCAGGCGAGGCCCGGCGGGCGACGGAGAUGAAUGUGCCCGGCUCCCGAGGGGAGCUGCUGUCCGAGCUCCCGCCCGAGCUCUCGCCGGAGCUCUCGCUGGUGCUCGCCGCCAGCCAGGGCCAGGACAACGUGGUGGGGUCGCUGCUGGCGGCCCGGGCGGCCGUGGAUGCCCGGGACCCGCACGGGAACACGGCGCUGCUGCGCGCGGUGGAGGGCGGGGUUGCCAACCGCCCGGUCAUCGAGCUUCUGCUGAAGCACGGCGCCAGCAUCGACGCCAGCGGCGGCGGCGGCGAGACGCCGCUCACGCGCGCCGCGGCGGGGGGGUCCGCGGAGCUGUUGGAGGCGCUGCUCGGCGCCUCGGCGCUGCCAGUGGAGGCCUACGCGCCCGCGCUGCUCGCGGCUUCGUCGGCGGGGAACCAGGCCGAGAAAGAGCUGAGCGCAGAGAAAUGGCUCGCGCUGCCAGAGAGGAAGGAGAAAGAGUGGCUCGAUAACAAGCAGCACGUGAAAAUAAGGAGCUCUGUAAUCUACUCGAAGCUGCUGGACUCGAGGCCGAAGAGGUUAAAGCGGAAGCCCUGCGAGGCCUUCGAGAACACGAGCAGCAGGCACAGUCAAUCAGGAAAUUACAAAAACAAUGCUUUGGCCGCGCGUGCAGCAAUGCAGUGA